AUGCCCCACACCUGUCCGAGGUCGUCCUUCGCGGCAACUUACAACCUGAGUAAAACUGAGAGACUGAGAGUUUCCAGCCCUGUGAUUGGCUUUAUCAACAGCCAAUCAGGAGCAUCGUCAGGAACGGCGCUGGGCAUGAAGUGCACGGAUGAAGUGAAUCUACUUAGUAACAUGAAUGGAAACGAGAGGAACACAGGCAAAUUUUUCCUCGUCACUGCUCAUCGUGGCUAUGGAACGGAUACUACUGCCUGUCGCAGCAAUCACGUAGUUGUAGAAGCAAGACGCGCUUUGCAGCAUGAAGAAGCGUCGCCAAGGACUAGAUAUAAUCACAACAACAACAACAAAUCUAGUAAAUAUGAGAACAGAGAAUAUGAUGAAGCACAAGAGUUUGCUAGAAAAUUUGAAAUUGAUGCACCAGAGUUGCUAUGCAAAUACUUCAAAGUCUGGGUAUUUGUGUGCCACUUUGUAUAUGCUGGCAUUCACCACCUGGCUGGUCUCAAUUACCGACCCCCACCCUACACCACCCACCCACCAACUUGGUACCUUAAAACCAACGUCAUACAGCCCUGGAAUGGCACCAUGCGAACCAUAGCUUCCACCACUUCCAUCCACGCUUCCGUGGAUUUCAUUCCAGUCGUUGACCGGCCCUUGCGAUGCGAAGGAGAAGAGGAGGAGGAGGAGAAAGAGGAAGGAGAAGAGGACGAAGAAACUACCAAAUAUCCGAAUGAGAAAUGGGGAGCCCGCCAUUCCAUGGUCUUUCUUGGAACCUUAGGUGUGAUUCUCUUGGUCAUGAUGAGAAAUGUCAUUUCGAUUGCCAUUGUGGCAAUGGUCGACAGAACGGGAAAUAAGAGCAAUCACGAUAACAGCAGCCUGAAUGUUGACGACACUUCCCGGUGCAAGACCACCAAGAUGUUCACACGAGGAGAGUUUCUGUGGGACGAGAGAACUCAAGGAAUGGUCUUGGGCGCCUUUUUCUACGGCAACAUCAUGACCAACCUGGUCGGAGGCAGGUUUGCUGAACACGUGGGUGGCAAGCUCAUGUUUGGCCUGGGCAUCUUCUCUUCGGCUUUGUUUACAAUACUGUCUCCUUUCGCUGUCCGAUUAUCUACAACCGUCUUUCUUGCAGUACGACUACUGACGGGUGCAGCGCAGGGAUUCGUUAUGCCCGCUCUGACAAGAUGUUUAGUUACCUGGAUACCGCCAUCAGAAAGAAGUAAAUUUAACACUAUUGUCUUCUCGGGAGCAGAGAUUGGAACAGUGUUCUCGCUGGCGGCAGGAGGCUGGUUAUGUGGCACAGACCUCCUCGGAGGGUGGCCCUCGGCAUUUUAUGUCUUCGGAGGUUUAAGCAUCCUUUGGUGCUUCCUAUGGCACUACUUAGUCACCGAGAAGCCGGAGUGCCAUUCAAGGAUCUCAGAAGAGGAGAAAAAGUACAUCCUAUCACACUGCAUUGUCAAGAGAGGAAAGCCCGUAUCAAUGCCCUGGUUAGCAAUAUUGACGUCAGUGCCCCUUUGGUCCGUGUUCAUCAUGCAUAUUGGGCACAACUGGGGCUACUACACAUUACUGACUCUCCUUCCGUCCUACCUUAGCAACAUUCAACAUUUUGAGCUCAAAAGUAACGGCAUACUUUCUGGCCUGCCGUACGCAACGAAGUGGCUCUUCGCUCUUCUUUACGGAUUUGCUAUGAACUCUCUCGUCGCUUCACAGAAGUUAUCAACUAUUUCUGUACGAAGGAUAUCAAUGAUAUUGGGGUCUUUCACCCCGGCCAUAGGGCUAAUGAUUCUUUCCCUGACGGGCUGCAGCCAGAGCCUCUCGCUGACCAUUUUGGUCGUCUCGACGACCUUCAGCGGCGCCGUUUUCUGCGGAUAUUUCUGCUCGCAUCAGGACUUGAGUCCCAACCUCGCAGGGACUCUAUUUGGAAUCAGCAACUUUUUGGCCAACACGACCGGCUUCAUAGCCCCGGCGGUGGCUGGGGCAAUACUGUUCAAUAACCAAACGCUGAGUGCCUGGAAUGCAGUCUUCUACAUUGCCGCAAUAAUCUACACAGUUACGAGUACAAUCUACGCAGUUUUUAUAUCAACCGAAGUACAGCCGUUCAAUAACCCUCAGUCUAAAGCCGAAAAAGAGAGUGCUGAAAAUGAAAGACUAGCGGGUCCCAAUCACUGUUAAACCGGCAUUAAUGCAAUUAAAAGUAGAAACAUGAGUAAAUCGCUUUUUACAUGAACUCCAUGUUUGCAUUUACGUACACAAAUGACACUGCCUUCAAUUGUUGAAUUAAGACACCUAAUACGUACGCUUGUCCGUAAUUCAUCUAUAUAGCUGUGUAGCUACCUAUCUGUUUAUCUAUCUAA